CUUGGACCUGACAGACCUCCAGCUUCACAUAGGCCCAGUCAGUUCACCUGUCUGUUCAUCCCGUACCUGUCACCUGUCUGACGGCAGUGACGCUGCAGUUUACCUGCUUAGUUAGCUGUUAGCUCUGAAGCUACCUGAUGUGAAUUCUGGAGAUAGACUGGUUUGUUUUGUUUCUGUUGAAGUAAAUAAAAAAAAGCUUCACGUUCACGUGUGAAACGGACGCACAUUUAAUUCGCAUGUGCGCGCCCCAGAGACACCUGAGUGCUGUCGCAGAUUCAGCUUCUACCUGAUAGUGUGCCAGACCCCCGUCUCCCAGCGUUGCUAUGGCGACCUUCCCAGAAUACAUUGCUCAGAACGAGGAGCGUGAUGGCGUGCGGUUCAGCUGGAACGUCUGGCCAUCCAGCCGGCUGGAGGCAACCCGGAUGGUGGUGCCGGUGGCGACUCUGUUCACGCCACUGAAGGAACGACCCGACCUGCCGCCUAUCCAGUAUGAACCGGUUCUCUGCAGCCGUGCCACCUGCCGCGCCGUGCUCAACCCUCUCUGCCAAGUGGACUACAGAGCCAAACUGUGGGCCUGUAACUUCUGCUACCAGAGGAACCAGUUUCCUCCAUCUUAUGCUGGGAUCUCUGAGGUGAACCAGCCUGCUGAGCUGCUGCCUCAGUUCUCCACCAUCGAGUAUGUGGUCCAGCGGGGUCCUCAGAUGCCGCUGGUCUUCCUGUACGUGGUGGACACCUGUAUGGAGGAUGAGGACCUGCAGGCUCUGAAGGAGUCUCUGCAGAUGUCCCUGUCUCUGUUGCCCCCUACUGCGCUUGUGGGACUCAUUACCUUCGGCCGGAUGGUUCAAGUUCACGAGCUCGGCUGUGAGGGGAUUUCCAAGAGCUAUGUCUUCAGGGGGACCAAGGACCUGAGCGCCAAGCAGCUACAGGAGAUGCUCGGUCUGACCAAACCUACAGCCACUCAGGGACGAGGUCCUCAAACUGCCCCACAGCCGCUGUCCAACAGGUUCCUGCAGCCGGUGCAGAAGAUCGACAUGAACUUGACUGACCUGUUGGGGGAGUUGCAGCGUGACCCAUGGCCUGUCACCCAGGGGAAGAGACCGCUGCGCUCACUGGGCGUGGCCAUGUCCAUUGCAGUAGGCCUACUGGAGUGCACCUUUCCAAACACGGGCGCUCGAAUCAUGACGUUUAUCGGCGGCCCAGCGACACAGGGCCCCGGCAUGGUGGUGGGAGACGAACUGAAGACCCCCAUCAGGUCCUGGCACGACCUUGAGAAGGACAACGCCAAGUUCAUGAAAAAAGCCACCAAGCACUAUGAGUCUCUAGCCAACAGAGCGUCCACUAAUGGCCACAUCAUCGACAUCUAUGCCUGUGCUCUCGAUCAGACUGGCCUGCUGGAGAUGAAGUGCUGUGCCAACUACACCGGAGGCUACAUGGUGAUGGCGGACUCCUUCAACACAUCUCUCUUUAAACAAACCUUCCAGAGAGUUUUCACCAAAGACGUCCAGGGAUCCUUCAAGAUGGCCUUUGGCGCCACGCUGGAAGUCAAGACAUCCAGAGAGAUCAAAGUGUCUGGAGCCAUUGGACCAUGUGUGUCUCUGAAUGCUAAGGGACCCUGUGUCUCUGAAAAUGAGAUCGGGACGGGAGGAACUUGUCAGUGGAAGAUCUGUGGUUUGGAUCCGACCACCACACUGGCUCUUUACUUUGAGGUGGUCAACCAGCACAACGCUCCGAUCCCUCAGGGCGGCCGGGGGGCAAUCCAGUUUGUCACUCAGUACCAGCACUCGUCAGGACAGAGACGCAUCCGAGUCACCACCACCGCCAGGAACUGGGCAGACGCUCAGACUCAGAUUCAGAGCAUCGCGGCGUCCUUUGAUCAGGAGGCAGCAGCCAUCUUAAUGGCAAGACUGGCAGUGUACCGGGCGGAGACAGAGGAGGGGCCUGAUGUCCUCCGGUGGUUGGACAGACAGCUCAUCAGACUGUGUCAGAAGUUUGGAGACUAUCACAAAGAUGAUCCAAACUCCUUCAGGUUCUCCGAGACCUUCUCCCUCUACCCUCAGUUUAUGUUCCACCUGCGGCGCUCUCCUUUCCUGCAGGUGUUCAACAACAGUCCAGAUGAAAGUUCAUACUACAGACAUCAGUUCAACAGGCAGGACUUGACGCAGGCUCUCAUCAUGAUUCAACCUGUGCUUUACGCUUAUUCAUUCAAUGGCCCACCUGAGCCCGUCCUGUUGGACAGCAGCAGCAUCCUGCCAGACCGAAUCCUACUAAUGGACACGUUUUUCCAAAUCCUCAUCUACCAUGGAGAGACGGUGGCCCAGUGGAGGAAGGCUGGUUAUCAGGACAUGCCUGAGUAUGAAAACUUCAGACACCUGCUGCAGGCUCCGGUGGACGACGCCCAGGAACUGCUGCACACCCGCUUCCCCAUGCCAAGAUACAUCGACACAGAACACGGAGGCAGCCAGGCUCGCUUCCUGCUGUCCAAAGUGAACCCAUCGCAGACCCACAAUAACAUGUACGCCUGGGGUCAGGAGUCUGGAGCUCCCAUCCUGACAGACGACGUCAGUCUCCAGGUCUUCAUGGACCACCUGAAGAAACUCGCCGUCUCCAGCGCCGCCUGACCUCUCUUGUUUCCUCUCUUGUCUCUUCACGUGUGUCCUCAUCUGUCUGCCAUGUUUUUUUCUUCAUUUUGUCUUUGCUGCCUGAAUUCUCAUGCAUGACCAGCUAACCAAUCAGGGCAAGGAGCUUGUACUGAUGCAGUCCACCACAGUCCAAUCAGCAGCAUCUGAAGAACAGUGACAACCCAUAGAGAUGCACAUUAGACGUCCAGUUAGCUCGCCCUGACAGCUGCUGUGUCACAUUUCUGCCUCACAAACCUUUCAGUCUGACACCUGCAGAGAGACAAACGUCUCAGUUUGAUUUAGCUGGCAGCUUCAUUUAACGGAGCCGUUUAAUACAUUUCAGCCUGUCUUUUGGUUUCAUUUCUAAUACAUCAGUUGUGUCAUGUGGCACAGGAAAACGUCAAGUCAUUUUCAUUAGGUUGUAUAAGUGUUAUGUGAGCUGCUGAAGAUUUUAUCCUGUGUGGAAACCAUAAGCUGGCUGUUAAAGAGACAUUAAACGGUGCAGCAGUCUGAAGGUCAGAAUGAUUUCAGGGCUGAAAGGUGAACACAGCAGACUGCUCCUUUAACGGGUCAUCGAGACAGCUGACCUCAGGUCUGCAGCUGCUUCUCUGACCCCUCUGGAGUAACCAGAGCAGUUUAACUACACGCUGAAGUGAUCAGAACUUUGUCAUUGGUAUUUUGUGAUAAAACCUGAAACAGCUGCUUUAUGUUGUUUGUUGAAGCCAUUGAACACUAAAAGUCUUGCAGAGAGA